AUGGCUUUGAUUGAUCGGCUUAGUUUGUUGGACUUUUCGAACAACAACUUGUCAGGAAAAAUUCUAACAAGCGCUCAGCUCCAAAGCUUCAAUGCAGAUGUAUAUAUGGGGAAUGCCCGACUUUGUGGAGCUCCCCUCCUUGCAGAAUAUACAGAAGAAGAAGAACCAGGUACCCCUUUUGGAUUAACUACUGAAGCUGAAGAAGAUCACAACAACAACUCUAUAGACUAUGGAUUUAAUGUGAGUAUGGAGGUUGGAUAUAUGGUUGCAUUUUGGGGAGUUUUUGGGAGAUGGAUCUAUUUCAAACUCUUAAACGAUUUGGAAAGUUGGAUUUAUGUUAUGGCUGCAUUGCACAAGGCAAAGUCUAUCAGGAUAUACUCCGAGGUUAACAGGGUGUGCUAUCGACAGCUUCUCUGA